GGUGAACACAGAGCGCUGUUCAAGCGCGCCAUGCGACACUGGGAGAACUACACGUGCGUUCAGUUCGUCGAGAGAACAGCUGAAGAUCCGAACUACAUCGUGUUCACGGAACGUCCCUGCGGGUGCUGCUCUUUUGUUGGCAAGCGCGGCAGCGGCGGACAGGCGAUCUCUAUCGGCAAGAACUGCGACAAGUUUGGCAUCGUCGUUCACGAGCUGGGUCACGUGAUCGGCUUCUGGCACGAGCACACGCGGCCGGACAGGGAUGGCAAUGUGGAGAUAUUCACUGUCAAUAUCAUGGCCAG